CUCAGAAAUCAUCCCUAGAACAGAAUUAUUUUGUAUUUUGCCUGCAAAAUAGGAAUAGGAUAUUGAUCAGCAAUCUUGACAUUGAAAGAAUUGACGGUCAAGGAUCCUUGAGAAUGUAAAUUUAUGCUGUGACAUGAUCAGUUGAGGUCAUGCAAUACUUAUAAGUGCAUCAGUAGAACUAGAGACAUGAAGCCAUUUCUUGUAUGGAGUUUAGUUAUUGCUUUCCUGCUUGGUAUAGUUCAAUAUUUUAGCCUUUCUUGGUUGGCAUUCUUGGGGUUGCUGUUUGUUGCCUUUCUUGCAUCGGGAGGACCUACAUUUCCUAAGGUUUUCUUUUGUACCUUUUACCGUGAUUUAAAGUUCCUAUUUAUACUAUCCAAAGGCACGAUCCAGGUCCUGAACUAUGAAUCAAAGGACAACUACGGUAUCAGUGAAUUGCUUGCAGAAACUGUCAACAAAUUCCCGAACAAGACAGCUUUUCAGUUUGAAGRCAGAAGCUGGACCUUCAGAGAAGUAGAUGAAUACACUAAUAGAGUUGCCAACAUUUUCAAAUCCAAAGGGUUUGAAAAGGGAGAUGUGGUUGCCCUUUUAAUGGAGAAUAGGCCUGAAUAUGUCUUCAUGUGGCUGGGGUUAUCUAAAAUUGGUGUUGUUACAUCAUUGAUCAAUUUUAAUCUUCGAUUGGAUUCACUACUGCACUGUGUAAAAGUUUGUCAUGCUAAGGCACUUAUAUUUAGUGGAUGUUACACAGAUGCUGUGAAUGAAAUCAUAGACGGUCUUCCCACUUCAAUGCAGUUCUUCGUUCACGGUGAAAGCACUGCAAAUGUCAAAUUCGCCUCCGCCAGUCUUGAUCAAGAUCUCAAAGAUGCUUCUUCAGACCCUCCAAUAGUCAACUACAAGAAGAGUUUCAAAGAUGUCCUUGUCUACAUUUUCACUUCUGGAACAACAGGACUUCCAAAGGCUGCUCCGGUAAAUUUAUCAAGGUUUUUUUGUAUGGGUCACAUAGUUGGUGGGUUGUAUAACGUUGGGCCCAAUGACGUAAUCUACUGUGCGUUGCCGCUSUAUCAUACUACUGGGGGCGCUAUCACCAUGUCUUUUUGUACUCUUCUUGGCGCAACGGUAGUGAUUUCCAGGAAAUUCUCCGCAAGUCGAUUCUUURAAGACUGUGUCAAGUACAAUGUUACAGUUAUCCAGUAUAUCGGUGAAAUGUGUCGCUAUCUUCUUGCCCAACCAAAUCGACCCACCGACAAACAAAGUAACAUACGUUUAGCUUUAGGAAAUGGCCUUAGAGCUGAAAUAUGGCCUGAAUUCCAAUCUCGAUUUAAAAUCAAACAAAUUGGGGAGGGCUAUGGGUCUACUGAGGGCAAUGUUGCGGUAUUAAACACUGAAAAUGUUGUUGGUUCGUGUGGACAUAUAUUCGCGAUAUUCCCCAGUCUACAUCCGGCCAAGCUCAUCCGCAUUGACCCAGAGACUGGUGAAAUAGUGCGUAAUAAAGAUGGUUUGGCCAUCCAAUGCCAGCCGGGUGAGCCUGGGCAGUUUGUUGGAAAGAUUGUAGAAGAUGAAAAAUCGGUCUUUCGUUUUACUGGAUACCUGAAUAAAGACGAAACUGCCAAGAAAAUAGCUCGAAAUGUCUUCACUAAAGGAGAUAGCGCCUUUCUCUCUGGAGACUUAGUUACCAAGGAUGACUAUGGUAAUGUCUACUUCCUGGAUCGUUCGGGUGACACUUUUCGAUGGCGCGGCGAAAAUGUAUCGACAACCGAAGUAGAGUCGGUUAUAACAAAAGCCAUUGGUUUAUAUGACGUCAUUGUUUAUGGAGUAAGUGUUCCCCAUACAGAAGGCAAAGCGGGCAUGGCAGCUAUUGCUGAUCCAAAUCAACGYCUUGACGUUGGAUCCCUCGGACGAAAGCUUGAGUCAGUGCUACCAGUCUAUGCACGGCCAAUGUUUGUUCGUAUUGGAGAGGCUGUUCAACUGACAGGAACAUUCAAGUUUCAGAAAAAUAAGCUAAAGAAAGAAGGUUUUGAUAUCCAUGUAGUGAAGGAUCKUUUAUAUUAUUUUGAUUUAAAAUCAAAGGCUUAUGUGGAUUUGGAUGAGAAAGCUUAUAGUGCAAUCAUGGAUGGUAAAAUGAGACUAUGACACAAUGUCUUGCAAUCACUGGCUCCUAAAUAUUUCAAAAUAUGAAGUAUAUUUUAAUAUUAGUCUUUUUUAUUUUUUUUAAUAUAACUGCAAAAUACACUAUUUGCUGUGUUCUGACAAUUCCAUUAAAUCUGUUAAGUAAUUAAUUUUUGUGGUUACUACAUCAUAAGACUGGUAACCAUUAUGUUAUCGUUUUGUAAGWAAGUCAGUAAUGAUAWCUAUAGCGAUAAAUGAAUCAAAAUAGCUCAAAAUGGCCUGAAACUCAACAGGAAUACAAAGCAAACCACAAUAAACAAGAAGAGRUGUUUAUUUUUAUUAAACUUCACAUAUUCUA